AUGGAGUCACCCACGGAGCCAGAAGCUCACACGCACAGCGUGCUCACCCCUGAGCUGCGGAGACCGUCCCCACCCAGCGUGCAUUUCUGGCUGCGGGAGCCCCCGGCCGCCCCGGGCCCCGGGCCGGAAGAGCACGCGCCCCUGCAGGAUGAGCUGUCCCGGCUGGAGGGCCUGCUGGCCCAGGCGGGCGCCGAGCAGGAUGAGCUGGCUGGCAGGUACCACGUGGUCAGCAAACGGCUGCAGGCCCGGCUGGAGGCCACCAAGGCCCAGCUGCAGAGGUCGGAGCUGGAGCGCAGCGUGGACCUGGAGGAGGCCCUGGGCCGUCUGGAGGCGGCCGAGCAGAGGAGCACCGGCCUCUCCCAGGUGAACGCCCUCCUGCGGGAACAGCUGGAGCACAUGCGGAAGGCCAAUGACAGGCUGACCGAGGAGCUGGCCAGGACGACGGGCAGCAUGCUCCGUCUGCGGGCCGAGCUGGAGCUGCGGGAGGCGCGGCGCCGGACCCACAGAGAGGUGCUCCCUGGCUCCCGCUCGGAGGAGUCUCUGCGAGCUGGACUCCGGGCCAGCAGGGGCCCCGCGGCCUCUUCCAAAAUCCUCAGUCCUGGGUGGAGUGUGGGCACGGGGCUCCGGCCUCAGCCUCGCUGCAGCAGCGAUGCCGUGUGGACCAUCGCCUGCCAGCAGCCAGCCAAGGCGGUCCCCGGGGCCCUGGCCUCAGACCAACCCUGCGCAGGGGUCCCUCAGACAAGCCCACCGCAGAGGGGCCAUCCUGGCUCUUUCCACAUGGACCUGGUGGAGCAGAGGCCGCCCCCGCUGUAUGACACCUUCUGGCUAUCCGCUCAAAAGGCAGAGGGGAGGGAGGGCUCGUUGGGCCCCUUCGGUGAGGGCACGAACACCCUCGAUAGCAGUGAGCUGAAAAACCCCACCUCCAGACACUCUCACGCCAGGCACACCCACUCGGGACAGCCCCAGGACGCCCUCCUGCAGAGGCAGGUCACUGCGCUCCGGGGACACCUGGCCGAGCUGCGUGCAGCCACUGAGAGGGGCCUCGCUGACCUGCGGGCGGACGUGGCCAGGAUGGCCCGGCGCCUGCACAUGGCCUGCCUGAACCUCGGCUCCAACUUGCGGCUGACGGCCGGCAGCGCGGCUGCUGCCCUGGAGCAGCAGCUGCAGGACAAGGCGCGGGAGACGCUGCAGCUGCAGGGCCGCUCGGCCGCAGAGGAGGCGUCGCUCCAGGCCAGACUCUCAGAGAAGACGCUGCUGGUAGAGAAGCUCACCGAGCAAAACGCGAGCGAGAGAGCCAUCUCUUCCCUGAGAACCGACGUGCAGAGACUGGAGUCCCAGCACAGCAGUGGAGGCCCGGCAGCCCCAGGGGACUCGAGAGCAGAGGUGGAGACCCUGCGGCUCCUCUUGGACAGCAUCACACAGGUGGCCCAGGCAGAUGCGGGGAGCGAGGAGCUGGUGAAGAGCAGCGGUGCUGAAGGCGAGGGAGUGCAGGGCCAACGGAGGAGCCCCCCUCAUGCUGGGUCCCCCCUGACGGCUGAGUCCUUGCCCCCAGCCCGCUCCCCGGUCACCCUGGACUCAGCACUGUGGGCCGUGCGGACGGCUAUUCAGAGGCGGCGGCAGCGGGAGCAGGAGCUGCACCAGCAGCUGGAGUCGGCCGAGGUGAGGGCCGCGGGGCUCCAGGAGCAGCUGUCUGAGAGCCAGAGGGAGCUGCAGGCCUCAAGAAGCCUCCUGCAGGAGGAGCGCCAGGACCUCCUGGGCAAGCUGGAGGCACAGAGCCGGGAGGCGCAGUGGAGCCGUGUGACCAGUGAGCUCCUGGGGAGAGAGAAGGCGGCUCUCGAGGAGGCGGUUGAGGCGCUGAGGGGGGAGGCAGCCGUGUCCCAUGCUGAGAAGCGAAGCCUGGAGGCCAGGAACAUGGAGCUGCAGAGGAGCCUCCAGCGGUGUGCGGAGCAGAAGGAGGCGCUGGAGCAGCAGGGCGAGCGCAGCCGAAGGGCGCUGGAGAGCAGUCAAGGGCGCCUGGAGCAGCUGGAGGGGACCGUCUCAGGGCUCAAGACGGAGCUGGUGUCGGCCCAGGAGGCGCUGGACUCAGCGCAGCUGCAGAGGGACGUCCUGGAGAGCGAGAGGGCGGGUCUGCAUGGCGCCCUGGCCCGGGCCGAGGCCAGCAAAGCUGACCUGGAGCUGCUCGUGAGCCGGCUCAAGGCAGAGGGGGCGGAGCAGAGGGGCUCCCUGGCCAAGAUGGCCGCUGUGACAGAGGCGCUGGCUCAGGACAAAGGCUCCCUGAACCACCUGGUCCUGCAGCUGGAGCAGGAGCGGGACGAGCUGCGGGCGCAGCAGCAGACGCUGGCGCAGGGGCAGGCUGGCGCCCGGGAGCAGCUGGCGCAGGCGGAGUGGCAGGUGGAACUCCUGCGGGCUGAAAGGAGGGGCCUGCAGCAGGCCUGCGGGCGGCUGGAGGAGCGGCUGGAGCGGCUGGAGGGUCAGGCGGCCCGACUCCAGCGAGAACGGGCCCAGUUGCAGGCUCAGGUGGGCCAGGUCACAUGCAAGAAACAGGCCCUGGAGAAGCAGCUGGCCCAGCGCCUGCAGGACCAGGAGGCCCAGAUGGCCGCUCUCCAGAGGGCCCUGCAGGAGAAGGAGGCUUUGUCUGAAGAGCGAGUCCAGCUGCUGGCCAAGCAGGAAGCCCUGGAGAAGCAAGGUCAGCUCAUGGCCGAGGAGGCAGCCGAUCUCAGGGCCGAGAGGGACGCCCUGGAAAGCAGCCUCUUUGAGGCCCAACAGCUGGCAACACAGCUGCAGGCCCAGCAGGAGCAGCUGGAGGGAGAGGCCCGGAGCGCACGGCUGGCCCGGCAGGCCCUGCAAGGGGAACUGGAGCAGCUACAGAGUGCCUGGGAGGCUCAGGAGACGAGGCUGCGGCAGCAGGUGGCGCAGCGGGAGCGGGACGUGCAGCUGGCCCUGGAGAGCCGGGCGCUGGCCCACCGCGAGGACCUCGCGCGGCUCCAGAGGGAGAAGGAGACCCUGAGUCUGUCUCUGAUGGAAGAAAAGGAAGCAGCGGCAUGCCGGCUGAAACGGGAGAAGGAGCUAGUGGCGAAGAAUGCAACCAGGAGGGAGGCGCUGAAGGAGGAAAUUCAGAGCCUAAGGCGUGAGCGAGACGAGCGUCUCCUUCAGCUGGAGAAUGAGAAGCAGCAGAGCCCGUUGUCCUGGUGUCGGGGCCGUGACUCCCAGAGCCCUGCUGAACCUCUCGUCAGAGCCCCCAGCCUGCUCAGGAGUGCCCUGCUUGUGCGGGAUGCGGAGCUGAGCCGGCUGCGGGGGGAGCUGCAGCUGGUGCGGCAGGAGGCCCAGGGCCAGCAGGAACGAGCCGAGGUGAGCCCCUCCCGGCCAGAGCCGGACGCCUGGACUGGCUGCCCGCACGGCCCAGCAGGCGCAGCGGACCCCAGAGGCACCCCCUCCCUGCCUUACCCCCCCGUCACGCAGGCCCUGCUUGUGCGGGACGCGGAGCUGAGCCGGCUGCGGGGGGAGCUGCAGCUGGUGCAGCAGGAGGCCCAGGGCCAGCAGGAACGAGCCGAGGCCACCGUCAGCACCGUGACCGCAGAGCUGAAGGCCCUGCAGGCCCAGUUUGAAGACUCCAUCUCUGCCCACCAGACGGAGGCCAGGGUCCUGCGUGAGACACUCCGGGCGCAGGUGGCCCAGCGGAGCAGUGCGGGGAGAGAGGCCGAGACUCUGCGGGUGCAACUGGACAAGGCCCGCGAGGUGCUGGCUGCGCUGCGCCGGGAGCUGCAGGGCAGUGAGGAGGCCCGGGAGGGGUUGCAAAGGGAGGCCCAGGAUGCCCGCCGGGCGCUGGCCGACGCAGCCCGCGAGAAGGACUCGCUGCAGGAUUCCAACACCAAGCUGCGGGCCGCCAUCCGCUGGGCCGAGCAGGAGAAGGCCAGCUUCAAGCGCUCCAUGGAGGAGAGGGAGCAGAAGGUCCUGGUCCUGGAGAAGGCCUGGGCAGCAGCCCAGAAGCAGGCAGGCAAGCUUCGGACCGGCCUCAGGGAGGCGGAGCGGGCGGCUGUGGACACCCAGCGGCAGCUCCAGGAGCUACGCAGACAGGUGACGACGCUGGAGACAGAGAACCAGAGAAAGAGCCGGGAGCUGAUGCGGCUGCAGACGCGGGGCGCCCAGGAGCCAAGCUGGCAGGAGGCCCUGGCGCUGCAGAGGUUGGUGGCCGAGGCGGAGGCCGCCCAUGAGGACUCGCAGACGGAGGUCCGGAGGCUGCGGCAGACGCUGGCGGAGGUGGAGGCCCGGGCCGAGACCCGGGAGAAGCAGCUGGAGCGGCAGCUCUGCGAGAGCCGGGGGUCUGAGCGGACCCUCCGGGCGGAGCUGCGCAGCGUCACCCGCAAGCUGCAGCAGGCCGACAGCGCGGCCAACAGCCUCCAGGCUGGCCCAGACGGGGCCUGCCGCCGGACCCACGGCCUCGAGCAGGAGCUGGCCCAGGCCGAGGGCGCCAGGCGGGAGGCGGAGGGCCAGCGGGGCCGGCUGUCCUCUCCUGAGCUAGUGAAGUGA